UUGAAGGCUCUCCCCCCACCAAUUCUUUUUUGAUCUUGGCAGCAUUCCGUCUUUGGUCUUCUUGCUACUGGGGCUUUCUUUGCUUACUGAGGGUGGGGAAGCCUUGCGCUUUAUGUAAGGCUCAGUUUCUGACCAUUCGACAGCAGCCCGCAGUCAGCUAAGUUGGGUGUGCGGCUGAAUUCAAGUUUCCGCCCUGGGUCUCCCUCCUUGCAGUUCUGGAAGCUGCCGGUCUUUGAAACAUAAGAUUUGUCGACUCCAGCUCUGCCAGUGCUAUUAGUAGUAUUAUUAUCUGCUUCCCUGCAGCCAAUCCGGGCUGUGGAAACCUGAUGACAGCAUGAGCUAGGGAACAGCAAGGAGGCACUGAAGCAUCCCAGCUAUUAAUGCUGGUUUGGAGGUCAGGAGUGGCUUUUGGGGGAACGAAGACCCUUGGAUGGACUAAGCCAGGAACGUGCCUUCCCCCCCACACCUCCUCUCUCGUGCAUGCCCAGGCAGGGUAUCUGUUCUUUGGGGUCUUUUUCUUUCCUGCCGAGAGGUGGAUGGUCUGGAAGCAGUAUGACAGGACACACUGCAGUACAUGCAACUGAACAAGAUUUUAAGACCAGUAAAGACAUCUUCAGAGCUAAAAUGCAGGAGGAGAUCAGCAGGAAAAGAAAUGUUCCCUUUGUUGCCUGAAAUGGAAUUUGAAACCAGUUCAAGCUUUGCUAGGACCAACAUCUUAAACCAUCCAUUUGUCAGCAAGAUUUGUUGGACUUCUGCAAGUCCAUCAUCAGACAUAUUUUUUUUCAUUAAGCUUGAUGACUAAACCAGAGAUGAGCAAUUUGCAGCAGGGAGGUGGAUUGCUGUGAGAAUUGCUGAAGAUGUCUGAAAGCCUGGAUACUGAAGAAAAACCUCCUGCACCUCCUUUGAGAAUGAACAGUAACAAUCGAGAUUCUUCAGCCCUAAACCACAGUUCCAAACCGCUUCCCAUGGCUCCCGAAGAGAAGAAUAGGAAAGCUCGCCUGCGCUCCAUCUUCCCUGGAGGAGAUAAAACCAAUAAGAAGAAAGAAAAGGAACGUCCUGAAAUUUCUCUCCCUUCAGACUUCGAGCACACAAUCCAUGUUGGCUUUGAUGCCGUCACUGGGGAAUUCACAGGCAUUCCUGAGCAGUGGGCCAGGCUAUUACAGACUUCCAACAUUACCAAACUGGAACAGAAGAAAAACCCACAAGCUGUUCUGGACGUUCUCAAAUUCUACGAUUCCAAAGAGACGGUCAACAAUCAGAAAUAUAUGAGUUUUACAUCAGGAGAUAAAAGUGCCCAUGGCUAUAUUGCAGCCCAUCCCUCGAGCACGAAAACAGCUUCAGAGCCACCACUGGCUCCCCCAGUUUCUGAAGAAGAGGAUGAAGAAGAUGAAGAGGAGGAGGAUGACAAUGAACCACCGCCUGUGAUUGCCCCACGCCCAGAACAUACUAAAUCAAUUUACACACGGUCAGUGAUAGAGCCUGUCGCUUCACCAGCUUCAGUGAAAGAGUCAACAGUCCCCCAGCCUGAAAAUUCAAACACAACCACUUUGUAUAGAAACACAGAUCGGCAACGGAAGAAAUCCAAGAUGACUGAUGAAGAGAUUCUAGAGAAAUUAAGAAGUAUUGUGAGCGUUGGAGACCCGAAGAAGAAAUAUACACGGUUUGAAAAAAUUGGCCAAGGGGCUUCCGGUACUGUUUAUACAGCAAUAGACAUUGCUACAGGGCAGGAGGUGGCAAUAAAGCAGAUGAAUCUUCAGCAACAACCCAAAAAGGAAUUAAUAAUCAAUGAAAUUCUGGUCAUGAGGGAAAAUAAGAAUUCCAACAUUGUGAACUAUUUAGACAGUUAUCUUGUUGGAGAUGAACUCUGGGUUGUAAUGGAGUAUUUGGCUGGGGGUUCCUUGACAGAUGUGGUUACAGAAACAUGCAUGGAUGAAGGACAAAUUGCUGCUGUCUGCAGGGAGUGCCUGCAAGCAUUAGACUUCUUACAUUCAAACCAAGUGAUCCAUAGAGACAUCAAGAGUGACAACAUACUUCUUGGGAUGGACGGAUCUGUGAAACUCACUGAUUUUGGCUUCUGUGCUCAGAUAACUCCUGAACAGAGCAAGCGGAGUACAAUGGUGGGGACACCUUACUGGAUGGCUCCUGAAGUGGUCACAAGGAAAGCGUAUGGCCCCAAAGUGGACAUUUGGUCUUUAGGAAUCAUGGCAAUAGAAAUGGUAGAAGGAGAACCUCCGUAUCUCAAUGAGAAUCCUCUCAGGGCCUUGUAUUUGAUAGCUACCAAUGGGACACCAGAACUCCAGAAUCCUGAAAGACUUUCUGUGGUUUUCCGGGACUUUUUGAACCGCUGCCUUGAGAUGGAUGUUGACAGGCGAGGGUCUGCAAAAGAACUCUUGCAGCACCCGUUUUUAAAACUGGCCAAGCCGCUGUCCAGCCUGACCCCCUUGAUUAUUGCUGCAAAAGAGGCUAUAAAGAACAGUAGCCGCUAGUCUCUCGAAUAGCACAGGCCCAUUCUUUUUCUGCAGGACUGAACACCAGACCAACAAACUCUGUUACACCUUGGACUCUCCUGUGGCCAGACGGGCAGGCGAUGAGCGACACUGUCAAUGGGGGAAGGGAAGCAGGAAUGACCUGUCCCGCUGCCCUAGAGGAGACACCACUGAUCACAUCUCUUCUUUCCACUGAGAAUCCCUUAAUUUAUUUCUGAGGUGAAUGGAAGCUUCUGGAGCAGAAGCUAGACUGGAUGUUUCUUUUGCUCUUGCGGUGUUUCCAGGGGACCACAGCACUGCAUGACUCAACUCACUGGGACAGAAGUGGUGACACCCCCCAACCCCCCCAAAAACAGCUCUCCUUUCUUUUUUGUUUGGCUUUCUGCUUCACCUUACCAGGAAGAAUCCAAACUGUUCACUAGCUCCUGGUCAGCUGGCUUUGGUUCUAAGAAGAGGCGACUCACAAAUGAAGGCUUGCUUUAUUUAACCAAAAAAAAAGUGGGGGGGGAGAAAAUCGUAGUAACAGUGAUGAUGACGAUGACAGUAAACCCAGCAGUUGAUCAAUCACAGCAUCUUCUUGUGGGGGGUUAUCCUUUGAAAUAGAUGAGACAGAGAGCAUUGCAGUCUUGAGAGCCUAAAAGAGAACAAUGUCGUUAUGUUGAUGAUGUCACCUUGACGUCAUGGUGAUGAUGUCACAAUGCAUAUUGGUGCUUUUGUGUCGAGUUUUUUUUUUUCCUUCCCCAAAUUAAAAAGAAAAGAUGUUGAAGUAGAGAAAGGAACCACGUGAGCUGACUUGAAUGGAAUGGCAGAACUACUUUCAUAUCUGGCAAUAGGAUCGAUCCUGCAAAGGUGCCUAUCCUCUUCUCCAGAAUCCUGAGUGCUUCUUCUCCAGAGCAGCUCCUGAGGCUCAUUUCUCCGGGGCUGCUCCAUUCCACAUUCUGGAGGGUCAGACCCACUCCCUAUUUAUUGUCUUAAUUGCCCCAUGCUUAAAUUCAAAUCCACUGAAAGAAAUUUCCUUUCAAAUUGGAGAACUUCUUAAUAUGAAACCUGAUCAGUCAUCCCACCCGGAUGAAGAGACUAUCUUGCAGGAAAGAAAGUCUCCUAGGGCAUCAGUCUGAAUCCAGGUGAAAGCUAACUUUAAACUCUGCACUUAUUUUGAUAUGUGGAUUGAAUUUCUUUUUCCCCCAUCACAAUCUGAAUUUUUAAAAAGGAAAAAAAAAUCAACUCUGCAGUUGUGAAGCUAAGUUUUCCAGUAAAACAGGAUUUGGGAAAGGGAUACGUGCUGAGGCACAUGCCCAACUUUUGAGAGAACUGAUGUGAAAUGGGACUUACUGAGCCCUCUGCCCAUGCUUGAGGAGCUCAGAAGGAGGAAGGUUUGAAGAGGAGCAUUGCCAGAGAAACGGUUCAAUCACAGAGAGCAUGAAAAAUGCAGCAAUACAUAAUCUGAUGGGAUUAUUUUACUUCCCCCAAGCCUGUGAACUGUGACCUAACCUACAAAGCAUUGAAUCUGGAAUUUCUGAACUCCCUGUAUUGCUGAAAUCUAGCAAUUACUGUGAAUAUCUGUUGAUGAAGCAAAUAGCUUUGAUUAAACAAAUUUGUGUUGAUGUUUCUUCCAAUCUGAGUAGGACAUAUCUGAUUCUUCUUUUUUCUUCCCUAAACAUGAGCAAUUUAAAAAUAAGUUGAUGGGUUUUUUUGGUUUUUUUUUUAAUUUACAUUUAUACCCCGCCCUUCUCCAAAGACUCAGGGCGGCUUACACUAUGUUAAGCAAUAGUCUUCAUCCUAUUUGUAUAUUAUAUACAAAGUCAACUUAUUGCCCCCAACAAUCUGGGUCCUCAUUUUACCUACCUUAUAAAGGAUGGAAGGCUGAGUCAACCUUGGGCCUGGUGGGACUUGAACCUGCAAUAAUUGCAGGCAGCUGUUGUUAAUAACAGACUGUUUAGCAGUCUGCGCCACUCAAGGACCAACAAGAUGUUGGUUUGCCAGCUAUCUUAACUACCCUGUGUUUCUCUCCAAAGUAUUGUAAGCAUUUCUUGAUGGUUUCUACACGUCACUCUGUUUUCAAGUAGUAGAAUAAGACCAUUUCUUGGUCAGUUGGCCGUCCUAGUUAUUGCUGCACUUUAAUUUGAGAUGAAAAUGUUGGACGGUGUGUAUUUCAGAUAUUAACAAUGUUGAAUUUGGCAUGAAGGUAAUUGGGGGGGGCAGAGCUCCCUAAAAAAGAUGAGUAUCAAAGGAAGGUGGUGAGAAAGAAGAUGUUAAAUUUCAAAACAAGAGAUCAGUGGACCCAUUAUGGAAGCAAGAUCUAUGAUCUCUGCACACUCACUAUGUUGUACCCAUUUUGGGGAAACUAUAGCACUCUCUGAUUUAAUGCAGUACAGCUGUCUAUCAAAUAGUUAUUUUGAACAUUGUCCUACCUGAUGGCAGGUCAUCCUGUCUUGGUUUCUCUAAAGGCAUUGGGACAGAAGUAU